CGCCAAAAUCCUCAAGCUCAACUCUUGCAAUCUCUCUCUUCGUCCAAAAUAAAUCUCUAUCGGACAAAACCGUGAGCCGCCGAGUAGCCGGACCAGGAUCAGAAUCCGAGCGGGGGAAAAAUCCAGCCAAACCGAUGAAACUCCGAGGUGAGAUACGGACUCCUCCCUCUUCUCUUGAUAUGAAGAAAACGGGUGUUAAAGACUCUCGGACUCAACUCAAAAAAGAAAAGGUGGUUGAAGAGGCUAUGGCUCAACUCCAACUUGACGAGGAGAAUACUACUACUCCAAAAUCACAACCCCUUGUAAAGUUUGGUGGACCUUUCAAAUUCACAGUCCCUUGUGAAGUUUGCGGAGUGGUUGGCCACUAUAAUGAUAGAUGCCCCUACAUCGAAGUAGGCCUCCCAGACAACGUAACUGAGGCUCCCAAGGGCUAUGAAAUAGUUAACUUACGUGGUGGGAAGCGUGCUGUUAGGAUCAUGUUUUGUGGUUGUUGUAAAAUGCUCCGGGACCACAAGAUCAAGGACUGCCCGAAUAAGAGCAAGAUGACUGCAAUAAUGAACUCUAUUCUGAAGGCCGCUCGCCCUCCUGCAGGUCCUCUGUCCUCAGGAUCUUGCUGAUGCUGAGGAUUGGGACGCUGCUGUUGUUGGAUGGUUUAUAUCUAGUCUUGUCUUGGAAUGUUGCUGUCCUCUUUAUAUUCUUUGGGUUUUUGCACUCUGCAGUCGGUCUGUAAGUAUGUCUUUGAACACGCACAUUCCGUUCACUGUCAUUCUAAUGGUGGUUGUGUUUCUUUAUAUACUUGGAAUAUUCUAAUGUUGUUAUUUCUGAGUGGAAAAACCCUUUGCUUGUCUUGGUUUUGGAUGAUACACAACUAACUUGGUGACAUUAAUGAAACAAGAAGGGAUCGAUCCUGUUUUAUGGACCAAUUGAUCCAACUGUU